GGCGGUUGUACGCUGAUGUCCAGACGGCUCCUCUUUUCUGUUCUCAGCUUAGCAUGCGAUGCACAACAUAUGUCGCCCAGGUAUUGGAGGUACCUAAUUGGCUACAUCGUGGUCUCCACGCGGCAUGCGUCAGACCUUUACGGUCACGACAGAUGCGGUUGGCUUGCUCCUUGCUGGCCUAAGCACUUGCAGGUGGUUUGGCGAGAUGCAAGCCCUAUGAUCAACGACGGUUACUGUACAUAAAGCGUACUUGCCGGGUUCCAAGACCUUGCGUUGCGAGGAUGGCCUCCAGCGAUGUAGGGCAGCGUGCGGAGCAGGCACGGGCAGCAGCUGAAGCCGCAGGCCAAGGUCAUAUAUUCGAACAUUGGGAGUCGCUUACGGAAGGCGAAAGAGAGAACCUGCUCAAGGACGUUGAGGGUCUGGACUACCAUUACCUGUCCCGCGUGUUCACCGCCAGCCUAGCGGCCUCCUCAGCAGCCGGCAGCUACCAGGGGGUGCGGCCCGCAACGGAUGUCGUACAGCGCAAGGACGUCACUCCGGCGCAGGAAGCCGAGUGGACGCAGCUGGGGUACCGCUUCAUAGCUGAGGGCCGAGUGGGUGUGUUGCUGCUGGCCGGCGGCCAGGGCACCCGGCUGGGCAGCUGUCUGCCCAAGGGCUGCUUCGACAUCGGCCUGCCCUCGCACAAGUCGCUGUUCCAGCUUCAAGCCGAGCGGCUGCUGCGGCUGCAGCGUCUGGCUGCCGCCGCCAGCGGCACCCCUCCCGCCGCCGCCCGCCCGCUAACCUGGUACAUCAUGACCAGCGCCUUCACGCACGAAGCCACCCUGGAGCACUUUGUCGCGCAUGACUACUUCGGGCUGCAGCGGACGCAGGUGGUGUUCUUCCAGCAGGGCUUCCUGCCGGCGUUCACGGAGGAAGGCAAGCUCAUCCUGGAGACCCGCAGCAGCUUGGCCAAGGCGCCCGACGGCAACGGCGGCGUCUACCUCUCCCUGGCCCGCAGCGGCCUGCUGCAGCACAUGAGCGCAGCCGGCAUCGAGUGCCUGGACUGCUACUGCGUGGACAACAGCCUGGCGCGGCUGGGUGACCCACGGUUCAUCGGCUACUGCCACGGCGUGGCAAAGGCGGAUGUGGGCGCGCGAGUGGUGGCAAAGGCCUAUCCAGAGGAGAAGGUCGGCGUGUUCGCUCGACGCUACGCUGAAGCAGGCUCAGCCGCAGCCCCGUCAUCAUCUUCCGCCGCUGCCGCCGCAGCGACAGCGGCAGGGACAGCCCCAUCAUCCCUUGCCGUACUCGAGUACUCCGAGCUGGAACCCGCACUCGCCUCCGCCACCAACCCCGCAACGGGGCAGCUGUAUUUCAACUGGGCCAACCUCUGCAUGCACUUCUUCAGUGUGGCCUGGUUGGCGCGGGUAGCGGAGGAGCUGCUGCAGGGGCGGGGCACGCCGUACCAUGUGGCGCGGAAACGCAUUCCGUCGCUGGCCGGCCCGGUCCCGGGUGUUAAACUGGAGCUGUUCAUCUUCGACACCUUCGGGGCCGCCGGGGACAAGACGGCGCUGGUGGAGGUGGAGCGCAGGGAGGAGUUCGCGCCCGUUAAGAACGCUCCGGGCGCUGCAACCGACUCCCCGGACACGGCCCGAGCCGCGGUGCUGUCGCUGCAUGCGGGCUGGGUGCGGGCGGCAGGCGGCGUGGUGACGUGCGGUGAGGGGCUGGAGGUGAGCCCUCUGGUGAGCUACGGCGGAGAGGGCUUGGAGGGGUUGGUGGCAGGGAAAACGUACGGAGACGCGUUCGUACCGGAGUUGCAAGGGCAACAACAGGAGGUGUGAUGUAGGGGCAGGGAAGACGGAAGCGGGCGGUCGUGCUGCUUGGCUGACAUGCUGAGGGGUGGUGGCGGCAGGGGCUGACCGGUGAGAGGGAAUGAGGCUAUGGCUGCGGUUAGCAAGAGGUUUGUGUGUUGUUGACCGGAACGCGGUGUGCCCGAUCUUGUUAGUUCGCUCAAGGACUAAUAUUUCUGCAGAGUUUGGUUUGUUGUCCUGUUUAUGAAGUCAACAUGCUUUCCUUGGGUGUUACAGCGCUCUCACGCAACAGGUACACUUGGCGUCAUGGCGCUCACCUUGUCUGAACCACAGCAGCGACUACAAGUAUCAUACAACAAAGCAUUUCCAACAACGCACCGCCGGUAACCUUGCACCCGGUUUGGAACCUGUCUACAUAAACGGCAGUGGGCUAUUCUGGCUUUAGGCGUGAAAUACUGCGGCACCUCAACUCACGCAUGAACCAAACAAACAGUUAUAUUAAACACACAGCGGGAGACAU